AAUUCAUGUUCGUCACUUCAUACACAAUGUGUGAGCCCGUGGUACAGUAACUGACUUUAAAGACUUUUGGAAUGGCGUUCGAUGAGCGGUCGCAUCUCGAAGAGUGUGCAAAAAAGCCGCCACAGAGAAAUGUUUGUGGACAUGACCAAAGCACUCACCGUCUUUCUGUACUUUCUUCUCAUUUGUAUCGCAGAGCGGACAUUGCAUUGAUCGGUUUGGCAGUUAUGGUGAGUCUUUCUCUGUGUGUGAAUGUUUCAGAUGUUGACAAGACUUUCUGGAUCACCAUGCUCAGUAGAAUAACCUUGCACUCUUUACUACUUAAUCAGCCACCAACCACUGAACAUUUCUUGGAUUAACUAUUAAAAUGUAUUACUCUUUUUUCAGGGUCAAAAUCUGAUCCUUAACAUGAAUGAUCAUGGAUUUGUGGUAAGAUUCAUUCCCUAUCUUGUCGAUAAAUUUUGGCAGUAUGAAUCAAUAUCGCUUUAAUGCAACUGUUUACGUAUUGCAACGUAGAUAUUUUAUAUUUAGCAUUUAAAAGAAAAGAAACUUGGCAAACAAAUAAGAUAGCAAUUGAAGUCACGCAAAAUUGAAAAGUGUUGAAUUUUCUCAAUGCACUUUUGCAUUUCUAUGGGAGAAAAAUAGCCUAACAGACACAUUUAUGCAGUCUUUCAGUAACAGAAAGGAUGAUUUCUUACGGCCCUUUCUUCGAAGUUUAUUUAAUUUCAUUCAUUAUUAGUUUGCGUAGUUUGCGUCAGUUUAUUGUCAUGAAAUCACAAUGACUCAGUGAAUUGUGCUAUGUCCAAUCAGGUUUUAGCACCUAGACUUCCCCGGUCCAAUAUUUUUUCCUGUUCGCCCUUUUUCAUCUGCUUUGAUUGAGAGUAUGCAAUAUUCUGAAGAUCAUAAAAUGGAAAAUAAUUAAGUUUUGAAUCAUGGGCAAUAACCCAAAUAAAGAAGAAAAAUAACUGAUUUGGUUUUUGGAGGGGAAAAAAGGCUUUGAUCUCUAAGGGUUUUUGAAGCAUUCUUAUAAAGUGUUAUUGUCAAGUGAAUUAAAGUCACUGAAGUGUAAAAGAUCAAGUUUUUUCAUCUGUGACACCCAUGUUAUAUCUAGCCCUUAAAAAAUCUUACGUGGCAGCGUGCAAAGAAAGUAGUGUCCGAUAGCCUGGGCUAUUGGAUUUUGUUAUCGAGCUAGCGAAUUCUGUUCUCUACUUGCCCGAUGGGCAAGUGAAGUGUUUUGAGGAAUUCAAAUUACAGUAGAACUCUGAAAUAAAUUCUGCCCAUCAGAAAGUGUUUGGGGCGAGUUGAAAUGAUGUUUGGGCUAGUAAAUGCUAGCUUCAGCUUGCCCAAAUGCUAAGCUAUAAAAAUGACUUUCUUUGUCACCUAACUGAAGACAAUUUAGCACAGUAUGCAAAACACUGAAAUAAGGGAUGUUAGUAAAUAUUUAUGUCAAGAAGAAACUUGUGUGUAUAAGAAUUUAAGUCAUGUCAGUCCGAGAUGACUGCUGUAAACAAUAUGGCAGCCACAAAAACAACCAUGUGACUGUUCUGAACACCAGACAUUUUAAAACACAGAAACAAGUAACUGUUGUGGGGUGUUGGUAGGAUAAAAUGCAAACAGAAAAACCCCCAUUCUCAAACGGCCUUACUUGCUCACCACAUACAUCGGUAAAAGGUUGGACCUUAUACAUAUGUUCAACCAACUGCAAGAACACUGAUUAAAACAAAUCACUUUGUCUCCUCAUUGUUUAGGUUUGCGCAUUCAACAGAACUGUGGAAAAAGUUGACAGAUUUUUAGAGAAUGAAGCAAAAGGUACCUCACUAACUUAAGAAGUUAUUUGAUUACUGGGAAGUUAUUUUUAAAUCGAUAGCGAAAAUGCAAAGCAUUAACCUUAUUCUGCACAUUCAGACAUUUGAUCUUCGUAUGGUUUUGUCUUGCUUUUAAGUUCCAGAAAAGACAAAUGCAGAUGUUUCUCGCUUUCAAUCUAUAAUGAAAAUUUUUUUAGAUUGCUCUUGAUAAUAAAUAUUUAUUUAUUUCACAACACCAAAUUGAAUGUUUUAGUGAUACAGUGUAGGCUCAAGAAUUUUUAAUUUUAAAAAUUUUUGAGCCUACACUGUAGUUGUAAAACCAAGAAAUUGUCUUUUUCAGGGACAAAAGUUAUAGGUGCUAAGUCCAUGAAGGAGAUGGUAGCCACACUAAAAAAGCCCAGAAGAGUUAUGAUGUUAGUGAAGGCUGGUCCUGCAGUGGAUGCUUUCAUUGAGCAGCUGGUAAGUUUUGUUGAAAUAUGUUACAUUUAAGGGUGUAAAGAGUGGUAAAAGCCAUCUGAUAAACUUAUAACUGCAUCUGUCUUCUCUGUGUUCUAAACAAUAAAGUGAAACAAGAAAAAACCCUUUGUUUACUCUCAGUUGGGCUAAUUACAUAGCCGAAACAAAAAGUUUGAAUAAAAUUUUUGAGGGUUGACCACAGGCAAACAAGUGGGCUACUCAUUUACAAGCAUGGCCAAGAAUUUGUACCUGUGGCUACAGAGAAACAAGUCCUUUUAGUGGUCAGCAUAAGUCCAGGGUUCUUCGCCAACCUUUCCCCUCCUUAUGAAGCUACAUCAUUUACAUGCACAUGUAACAAUAUUUAUACUUCUAUAAGCUGUAUGGCACCUACUCUCAUUGGUUACUUCAAGGUCACAUGAUAUCUAACAAUGAAACUGUUUCCAGCAAAAAUCUCUGAGCAGGCAACAUUGCAAAAUCUAUGACGCCAGAGGGUAACAGUACUUUGUUACCUGUGAAUGUUGACCCAACAACCACUGUUACAGCUAGGUUUUAUGAAUUUCCAGCUUCAAAAUUUCCAGCUUUGUAACAAAUCACCUAAAUACUGGUCCCUCGGGAAACAGUUAUGUAUUUCCUUAAACAUUGAGAUUCUCUGGAACCAAAAUUUACUGUUUCCCAAGGGACCACUUAUUAAGAGCUGAAUAUUUUAUUUUUAAUUUGAUGAUUUUAUUGCAUUUUUUUGUAGGUGCCUCUUCUUGAAGCUGGUGACAUUAUCAUUGAUGGUGGAAAUUCAGAGUACAGGGAUUCCAUUGUGAGUACUUAAAUUCACAUUUUCUUGGGAAUAGAUUUCAUAAUGUAAUUAUUAUUAAAAUUAGUAAGGGAAAGUUAGCCUGCAUUACAGUUGUAAUCUAAACCUGGGUAGUAAUGUCUGCAAAGUAUUUGUAGCACUGAUAUCUUUGUUCUGGGCCCCAGCCAGCUUCAAUGAAUUUCCCUUUAACCCUAUUGGCAUUAAUCAAUAAUAACAUUUUUAUCAGGCCAGUCAUAGCACAUACCCAAAUCUUGUUACACAGGAAGAAGCUCAGAACAAAAAUUUUGGGGCUGUUUUGUAGACGGACUUAAUCAGAGGUUUAGUUCUGACUGUGGUACAGGAAAGGGAGCUAAAAUAAUAAUAUUUCAACAUCAGUUAAUAUGAAAUGUUACUGUAAAUCCAUCCUACAGUGUGAAUUGUCUAUCUUUUGAUGGAUAUUCCCAUCUGAUACAUUUUAUUAUAGUUUGCAUACUGUGGUUCUUAGAAGAGGACUUUUUCAAAAUAUCCUGUUCUAUUUGAUAUUGUGUGCCUAAAAUUUAUGAUUACAAUAUCACCAUUCCAUUUUUUCAUCUUUUUUGACCACAGAGACGCUGCAAGGAGCUGGAAUCCAAGGGUCUCCUGUUUGUUGGCAGUGGUGUUAGUGGAGGUGAAGAUGGUGCUAGAUAUGGCCCAUCUCUCAUGCCUGGUGGUUCUGAUGCAGCUUGGUACGUUACUGUUUCAUAGUAAUAAUCAUUAUAAUAAGAGUGGUAGUGGUAGUAAGGACAUUGGGAACAAUCAAAGGUCAUUUGUAGGCCAUUUGGAGCAGUUAGGAAUUCUAGGCAGCACUCCUUGGAUUGACCGCACAUAUCCUUGAAAAGGUGAUGGGAGUCUGAGGUCUCGGGUCGAGACUUGACUGGACUUUGAUUCCCAAGGAAAAACUCUGGGAUAAUAAUAAUAAUAUUAGUAAGGAUGCUAAUAAUUUGUAUUGGCUCAGAACUGGGCUUUUUUUUUGCGGAGCUUUACAAAGCAGUCAACUAUAUUAAGACAAUCCUCAACUUUAUCAAGAAAAAUAAGUUGACAUGACAUCAAGAACUCUGUUUAAAAUCUGAGACAGGAGGAGAAAAAUUUCAAGUUUGAAAGAUGGAAAGAAAAGCACAAAUGCAGAAGUCGAUGGAUGAUUUGCCUCAUGUACAACUUUGAAUGUAUGAAGUGCAUUGGGAAUGCCUUUGAAAAGACGCUGUUUUCAAACAGUUUUCUAAGUUUAUUUGUUGUUUAAAUGUUUUCCAAAUAGUUUCUGGAUCUGUUGUUCAAGCCAUCAGGAUUGAAAUUGCUUGUUGGUACAAAAAUGAACCAAUGAAUCCUUUACUAGGAUGGACUUUUCCUUUCAACUGGAUGAGCUUGGAUCACUGAUCCUUAUCUGAAUCAUCCCAAUGGAAUCUUUUUAAUACUCUCAAAGGAUGAUCCAGAUCAACCAAUAACAAUGGCUGAAAAGUUAUCUGAGAUCACUUUUGGAUCAUUGGUAUAUCAAACUGAAAUAACCAAAAACUAUUGAAUUUUUUACUAAAGAAGGCAAGGGAUUUUUUGGGUCCUUUAAUCUCAUUACUAGCUAUAACAAUGCAGAGCUGAUCCGUGUGAUCUUUUAUAAAAUGAUGAUUGUCAAUGAGCCAUAUUUCAUUGUAUUGAAUCAUCCUUGUUCAAUUAGGAAUCACCAAUGUAUCAUUGAAAGCUUAUUACCUUUGUAUCAUCUUUGUUUUUAGGCCUCACAUCAAGCCAAUAUUCCAGUCCAUAGCUGCAAAAGUUGGCUCUGAGCCUUGCUGUGACUGGGUGAGAAUCGCACAAAAGACCCCUUCAUGGUUUUUUACAACUUUUGAAGUUGUCUAGUUAGUGAAAAUCCAUAAUACUACCUGAAAAGUGCCUUAAAAUCAGUAAAGUUGCAAAGUUUGAGAGCACUUAGGAAUUGAAUUGAAGUAGUUGUAAAACAUUCAGACGUCUUAAGAAAUUCAGUUGAUUUUUAAUCAAGAACUAAUGGCCUACAGUUGUAGUGCUACUGCAGGUCCCUCUUACAAUCUGUGUAUACUAGAUUAACCCUUAAAGCUCCAAUAUCAAAAUUCAAAUACCCAUUUGCUGUCCUUACAUAUUUCCUAUAAAAGAUGUAGUGAAAAGCUGUUAAAGUAUCAACUCAUUGUAUCUUGCGUGAUCAUCUUCUUAAAACUCAUCACUUACCGUAUUUAUUUGACUAUAAGCCGAUCUCGGCUAUAAGCUGAGACCCCAAACUUUGAACGUGUAGACUCGGCAUAACGAGAACCAAAAAUAAAUCAAAAACACCCGGCUAUAAGCCGAGACCCAUUCAUUAUUACAAGACUGAAUUGGUAACUACGGGAAAACCUAACAUUUUCGGAAAAAAAUCAACGAUUGCAUAUGUGUGUUUCUUUACUUUAGCUCGGCUUAUACGUAAAUACAUCUCGAUUUAGUACAGUUUCCAUGCGCCAGAAAAAAUUUUUUUUCAAAAACUUUCGGCUAUAAGCCGAGACCCCCUCUAGAGCCCAAAUUUUAAUUCACUUCAGUUUUAAUUUGUGGAAAAAUCGCUCGGCUUAUAGUCGAAUAAAUACGGUAUCUGUUUUUCACGAGGAGAAUUUUGUUCCUGUCACUUUUAGGGCUUAAAGGGUUAAAAUUGACUCACUUAAAAGCAGUCACUGCUACACUUGAAGUUGUAUUGCAUAAACACCAUUCACAUUUAAAAAAUGUUAUUUGCUAAUUAUGUGUGCAUUUUUUGAAUUUUUUUCUUUUUGAUCAGGUUGGUGGUGAUGGUGCAGGACAUUUUGUUAAGAUGGUACACAAUGGAAUUGAGUAUGGAGAUAUGCAGGUAUCUAAUAAUGCCAAAUGAUGAUGAAAAAUAAAAAAAGCCAUGAUUAUUGUAAUGUCCACUCCAUUCUGGAUUUUCACCUUGCAUAUGCACUGAAGGCACAUGAUCAUGCCAUCACUUAUAGUUUUCUGUUUUCUAACAUUAAAGCAGUUUUGACACAGCAUCUGGCAGCAUUUUAAUGCUUACAUUUGGACAUAUUAAUUAUCAUCAUGACAAAUAAAAAAUUUUAAGUAAGUUCAAGGCAUAGAGUGCACUGUAGGUAGAAAGAUACAGAAUGCCUUUCACAUGGCACAACCAUGUGUAGACGUUAACAGGGAUUGUCCUUGGGGAAUUUAAAUUUGGGAACCCUGAAAAAUGCUUGUCACUACAUUAAAUGUAGUGACAAGCAUUUUUGAAGUGACCAUGACUGAAUUUUAACCACAUCAUUUACCAACAUUUGCCCCAUUAUAUCACAUGUUUGGUUUAAUCUUUGGCAAACAAAAGUUUUGAAAAGCCAUUGAGCAAAUUAUUUUCUGCGAGUGCUUUUUCACCUCUGUCAUUGUCAGAUGACAAUAUUUCUGGCCUGGAGAACCCUGUCUUACUCUGUUAAAUGUGACUUCCAGUGAUUUUGGUUCAAGCCAGAAGUUUGAACAUGGUGGCUUUUGUACAAAGAAAUAAACUAAAAUUACUUCAAGGGUGGGUAGCACACUUUUGAAAUUAUGUUUUCAAGUUUCCUGACCUAAAGCAUUAUUCCUUGUGUUUAGCUUAUCUGUGAAGCUUAUCACCUUAUGAAAAAUGCUCUCGGAAUGUCAGCAGAUGAAAUGAGUCAGGUAUGGUGUAUUCAUCACAGAUGACAGUAUUUCAUUGAGAAAUGUGUACUAACCCAGUUUGUCCUUUGGAAAAGCAGUUCUAAAAUUUUGUUGACCCAUGACAGUUGGAUACUAUCUUGUACUAGUUUACUUAUAAAUGGGUAGAACAUGGCGUGUUGUGGGAUUUUGUCCAUCGGGCAAGUUACUUUAAAAAGUUAAUUGUAUGCCUGCCAACUGUCACGCAUUAUGCACCUGCGGACUGAAGACAACCCUAAAGGCACAAGAAACACUUUGUGCAUUGUCAAUAAUGCAGUAAUUCUCUUUUUUUCACUUUAGGUAUUUGCUGAUUGGAACAAGGGAGAACUUGACUCGUUCCUGAUAGAAAUUACGAAGGACAUUCUUGCUUUCAAGGAUUCUGAUGGUACUCCACUUGUUGAAAAAAUAAGAGAUUCUGCUGGCCAGGUAUAGCAAUAAUUAUUUACAUCAAUGUAUUUACUAUUCUAGUAGGUAAUGUCAAACCCUGCUUUGUGGACACCCGCUUGAUAUGGACACCUCAUUAUUACAGCCAGUUUGCUUUGUCUCGGGGAAAGAAACUCCUUACAUUUUCUCCAAAUUCAACCUGCUUAAUAAAGAUUCUCCAUUAACAUGGACAUGUUCUAUUGACCCCCUCGGUGUCUGUAUUAAUGGGCUUUGUCUGUAGUUGAAGGCAGGUAGGACUGUUUCAAACAGAGCCCAUUUGGAAUCUAUUGAGUGAGUGGCAUGCCCUUUUCAUUUCUAUCUCAAGGAUCCAAUUAUGUAACUGAGAGUGAAGGACUAUUAAGUGUAAAGUGGGUCAACUGGGGUUAUGCUCAAUAAACCAACCUACUGUGUCAUUCUUUUUUCAGGGCUCUCACUGAGGGCCGGGGGUUGAGGAUUUCCACUGGCUACUGUGAGCAUGACCCCUGCCUAUUUUUGUAGGAAACAAAAGGAAAAUGGGACCAAAAGAACUUCCUGGUUGUUCAGUUUCCCACCUACUAAAUGCAUUUACCUGGCUACUUGAAAUCUUAGCGACAGCCCUAGUUAUUGUGCAAGCGCUAGGGAUCAUUGUUGCAUUCUUUGUGACAAAACUUGAGACCUCCUAUUCACUUGGUAUAUUGUGCACCAGCCAUAAACUGAAUGUUUUUGAGAUUUUGGGGGCUUAUCUUUCUGGUAUCAUUAUUACCUUGUUUGUUUAUCAGAAAGGAACUGGAAAAUGGACCGCAAUAUCAGCUUUAGAAUAUGGAAUGCCAGUAACUCUCAUAGGUGAGUUCAUGUUUUAAAAUUCUGCUACGUGUAUUUGAUGUGAUUUGACAUUCAGUAACGUUAGUUUACUGGCUCUGGUUGUUAAAAGAUUGACCAGUACUAAUUAGUAUUUACUAUCAGUGAAUAGCAAUUUUUGCGUUUUGGUUGGCUCUCGUAACAUGGAAUAUCCUUGGCUAUUCACUGUUUUGCGACCGGAGCCAAGAUGGCGACAAACUUUGGCUUCUCAGUGUGUACUGAUAGGUAGAAAAUUAUUUUCAUGAUGAAUUUGCAACAAAAUUGUAAAAAGUGCACUUGACAAAAUUGUUACAAACAAAGUUCCUACUAAAUGAGGUUUUUAAUUUACAACAGUUACUUUUUUCAUUUUUAGCCAACUGAUUUGGAAAAUACUAAAACAACUAUCCCCCUCAGGGUUGGUGAACAGCGCUAGAUAUAUACCUCGACGCUUUGCGUCUCGCUCUAUAUCCACCACUAUUCACCUCCCCUUUAGGGAAAGUUGUGUACUAUCAGAUAAAUGCCUAUCCAUUUCACGAGUAUUAGGGAAACCAACUGAGCCAUCCACUGGAUAUUAGCAAUUUAACCAGCGAAAAGAAUUAUCCACCGUUCAAACAACUGGGCGUUAAACUGGGACAUGAUCUUUAGUUUGAGUUCAAGCAGAUGUCUCUACGCCACCAGGCACCAUUUGUUGCAAAGGUGGUAGCGCUAUCCACUGGAUAAUGUCUAUCCAGUGUAUAUGGUCUCCCUAAUAGUUAUCCCAUAAAAAUUAUUUGUCUGUUGGACACUGCCAUUCAAAGUUUAAACAACUGGGUCCAGCUAGACCUUUUAAUAAGGACCCUGUUAGGCAGGUCUGCAGUUUUGACAAUUUAGAAAUUCAAUACCCAAUUCUGCUUGCAGAGUCCUGCCUCUGAGACACCUUCACACCAACAUCACACUAACUCUUGAACCUUUCUUUUCUCAGGUGAAUCUGUGUUUGCUCGCUGUCUUUCAUCACUUCAAGCUGAACGUGUCAGUGCCAGCAGCCAGCUUAAGGGUCCAUCCAGUACAAAAUACACUGGAGAUAAAAAGGAAUUCAUUGAACAUAUUAGAAAGGUAACAAGAAUUGAAAGGGUGCCAGGGGAAGAGACUGGGGAUGGACUGCAUAGUUUCUCCUUUUGGCUCAAUUUCAGUCCAGUAAACUUUUAUUUCGUCCAUAGACCCAAAUGAUAAAACUAUAUUUUGACAGUACAUCAUUUAGUACCACGUGAAAGUACUGCUGAAGACGUUUCAUUUGAGUGGUCACACCACUGGAUUUCAUCCAAAUGCUCAGAAGUUAGAACUACAUACUAAAUAAAUAGUACCAUGUGAAAGUACUGCUGAAGAGGUUUCAUUUGAAUGACAUACCAUAGAAUUUCAUCCAAAGACUCAAAAGUUAGAACUACAUACUAAAUAAAUAGUACCAUGUGAAAGUACUACUGAAGAGGUUUCAUUUGAAUGGUAACACCAUAGGAUUUCAUCCACAGACUCAAAAGUUAGAACUACAUAUGGCUGUACUAAAUAAAUAGUACCAUGUGAAAGUACUACUGAAGAGGUUUCAUUUGAAUGGUAACACCAUAGGAUUUCAUCCACAGACUCAAAAGUUAGAACUACAUAUGGCUGUACUAAAUAAAUAGUACCAUGUGAAAGUACUGCUGAAGAGGUUUCAUUUGAAUGGUAACACCAUAGCCCGGGCACCAUAGAAUUUCAUCCAAAGACUCAAAAGUUAGAACUACAUACUAAAUAAAUAGUACCAUGUGAAAGUAGUACUGAAGAGGUUUCAUUUGAAUGGUAACACCAUAGGAUUUCAUCCACAGACUCAAAAGUUAGAAAUACAUACUGAAUAAAUAGUACCAUGUGAAAGUACUGCUGAAGAGGUUUCAUAUGAAUGGUCACACAUUUUAUCUACUGGCUCGAAAAGUAGAAAUACAGGACAUUCCUCCAUAAUUGAGGAGGUGACGGAUCACGUCUCUCAGUUGCAACUGCUCCUAAAGAGUUCAGCUUAAAGAAAAUUCACUGUAUUAUGUUAUUCGUUAAACAGGCCUUGUACGCAUCCAAGAUUGUGUCCUAUGCACAAGGCUUCAUGCUGAUGAGGGAAGCUGCCAAGGAGUUUAAGUGGACGCUGAACUAUGGCGGCAUUGCACUUAUGUGGAGAGGAGGCUGCAUUAUUAGGAGGUUAGUAAAUGAAAAGGUCUCGGAAGGGGUUGGGUGGGGUCAUAGGCACAGUGAGGGUACUGUAGAGGGAUUUUGAUUUGGAGUGAUCUAAAAGGGGGCUGCAUCAUUAGGAGCUUAGUAAAUGAAGGUAAAUGUGCGUGGAUAAAGAUUCCUUGGGAGAACCAGCAGAAACAGGAAACGGGCUUUGAGAAAGUCUAACAGACGGGAGGUGCUAGAAACUGAUGGUAUCCGGUCUCCUCGCCACCAAGAAAUGUAUAUCUUAAUACUUAUCGAAAGGACAAGUCUCUAAAAGAAGUCUUUCACUUUAAAUUUACAAUAACAUUUAAGGAGGUAUGGUUCAUUCAAGUGACAAUUUUAACCAACUUUUAUAAGAAAGUCUGUUGAACUUUAAACAAAUCGCACUUCUCGAGCGAUACGAAUAAUCCGCAUUAAAGUAUUAAAAAGUCGCAAUUAUUCACCAAAAAACAAAACUAAAGAUGAGAAGUUCGACGCAAGGUGUCAAUUAAAAUUGAUAAACUUAUAUUUGGGUUUGAGAAAAAGGUGACAAUCCUAGGUAAGUAAACAGUGUCAAUUAUUGCGGAGUUGUCAGGUGGUGGUGAUUUCUUUGGUGGCGAGAUGACGGUAAACCAAACUGGGGUGUCUAAGAAGUUUCCAUUACAUUACAGUCCCAAAGCCAUUAAUUCGCUCGUCUAUUCUCAGAGUAAAAAACUUGACAAUGAGUUUAAACGUCUAAAGCUUUGUAUUAUAAAGGUCUACGCUUUUGGGUCAACGUUUUGUUGAGCACCCACUUCCUGUUUUUUGUCGCCAACAACAUACCCAUAGCCUGAUUCGUGAAAGUUUCAUGACUAACGCUUGAGGCAUAGUCUGCUAGCCAGCCGUUUUUAAUGUCGUCACGCAGGGAGUGGGGAGGAGCGUUGCGUGACGACACUAAAAACGGGUGUGUAGCAGACUACUUGAGGUAUAGAUGUGUCUAAUUGUCCUUUAUUAUUCAUUUUUGCAGUGCUUUCUUGGGAAAUAUCAAAGAUGCAUUUAUCAAGAAUCCUGAUCUUCAGAAUCUCUUGCUAGAUGAUUUCUUCAAGGACGCUAUUCACAAAUGCCAGGUAAUUUAAGUGCUGCAGUUAAAUCCCUCCGGUGCAAAUCCAAGUAUUUAUGAUCUAACGUAUUCUUGUAUUUUUUUGUAGGAUUCUUGGCGGAAGGUCGUGGCUGCCGCAGUGACUCUUGGGAUACCUACCCCAGCAUUCAGCACUGCCCUAGCGUUCUACGAUGGAUACAGGUGAGAGAAACAAUACAGUUAGACUCGCUAGAAAGUUCUUGCACUGUUAAAAGAGCGAAGCGAGCUCUAAUGACGUCGUGACAAAGCUUGUUUCAUCUGAAUGGAUGUGAAUCAUAUUAUAAAUUCACGCGGAAAAAAUUGACAUGUGCUGUGUCCGCAGUUGCGACAAAUAUCACUCACUCUCCUACUGGUCAAUUAUCAUUUCGUCACCGGUGAAUUUCGCGCCAGACAGGUAUGAAAAGUCUUCGUGAAUGGCAUAAUCAACCAGGAAAAAUAAAUGACUUUUGUAAGUCUACAAUACAAUAGGCCCUUGCCAAAUUCUAUAUUAUUCAUUUCUUUUGUUUUAUUCUCCGCAGUCUUUGAGACAAGUAUGUAUUUUGUUAAUUCGAAACUAGACUACAAAACAAUCGGUUCUUUUUUUCUCAAAAUCGGUUUAACGUAGCGUAAGAUUCUCGUGCGCGCGCGCGCGCGAGCCUUACACGCCUCCCCUGUCUCGCCUUCCGUUUUCAGCCUCGCUUCAGACCUUUUGUUUGGCUGCUCGGACGUACUUGAAUGCGCAAAAUUACGCACUGUUUUGCAGUCUAUUUCGAAACUGGUCUAUUAAAUGAAUUUGGGAGAAUUCUCAAUGAUUUCGUUUAUUCACUCAUUUUCUCCUACAUUUUCAAUUCUCUUAGGUCGGCUCGCCUUCCUGCCAAUCUUAUUCAGGUACGUUUUGAAAGUAUAUAGGAGUGGUGACAACUUCUUCUGAUAAGAUGUUUCUAGGAAUGGUCCGCAUAGUUUUGAAUUCAGCACUGAUACACAGAGAUUUAGUCUGCGAAUACAGGCGCAUUUCAGGCUGUAAUUUCUCUCCACUCGAAAAGUAACUUUAUUUCGGAUGGAGAGAAGCAAGAAACGGAAAUACGUCAACGUUCCAGUACGGGAGCGGAAAGCUCUGUCGCGUUCCAGAUGCUGGUAUACUUCUUUAGAAGGAGAUUACUUUAGAAUUGAGAAGCUGGCGUUUCCUUUGAGUCACUGCUAUUCUGUUCUGCGCUGAGGGGAAAUUAACGUUGUUAUGACGCCAGGCUUGUCGGUCAAAUACAUAAUUUCUUUUUUUUUUGUUAUCACCAGUGUUACUUAUUAUCGACUUCCACUGAUUCUCUGAACGUUCUCUCUUUUGUGUUUUGUCAUUGCAGGCUCAGCGUGAUUACUUUGGUGCCCAUACCUAUGAACUGCUGAGUGACCCCGGCAAAUUUGUGCACACUAAUUGGACUGGGCACGGGGGUUCCGUAUCUUCAACCACCUACCAGGCCUAAACACCGAGGCACCUAAAAAUGAGAAGCUUAAAAUGCCCACUCAUAAUUCACCGUAACAUCAGUUCUAGUUCCAAACGUAAUUCCAAUAAUCGCGUGAAUUAAUGAGUCAACCUUAUUUCUGAGAAAAGUAAAUCAAACCUUUUUUUUAACUGUUUCGUCCUCUACGAACUCCUUUAGUUCUUUGACGACAAAAAGCCGAUCAUUGUUCGUUAGCCUUUUAAGCCCCAAUAUCCACAUGCAAUUUCUCUGAACUGGGAUGCAAGAUCGAAGCAUUUUUCUGUAGAUGACCAGUUUAAGAAUUCUCUUAACUUUUUUUCUUUAUUAUGUAUUGUUGUGCCGAAUUUGUUUUUGGAGAAAUUUGAAGUUCAACUCUCUUGGGACGUAAAGGGUCUUAGGUUAUCUAAUAAACUCUUAAUUGUAAAGUGUUAAAAAGUAAUCCCCACAAAAAUUCUGGUGAUUCCAGUACGGUGAUUUGCUAAAAAAAAUUAAGCGGACAAUUUUAAGAUGUAGAUUUUAAAUUGCAACACUUUGUUGUUUAUAUCCAACGGCAAAUGGUACGGUGGUAGAAUAAUCAGAAAUUUAGUUGAUCAAAACAUUAAAAGCUAUCAUUUUGUACCUGCUGCGUUUUACUUCAAGUGUUGGUGGAGUUGCUGAAAAACUGUAUUUGUCACUUUAGAAAUGCGAAGGCAACUGGAGGCGAAUUGCGUCUCGAAGCCGCCUAUUUACCAAUUUUUUUUCUGUCUCUAGUAACUGUCCCAGGAGUCUUUGUGGUAGUUAACUCGGCUCAUUCCCCGUCUCUUUCGUAGAGCGGCGAUUUAGAUGAGUGUAGCCUGCAAGCAAGCUCUCCAUUUGGGGAAGUUGCAAGAAGUCACGCGAGAGCCACACGCAAAAGGAGACGCUAGUGCUUCGCCGAUCACUCGCGCGUUCUCUUUCUGCUUGCUUCGCUCGCCAUAAUUGGAGAAGUUGCUCGCAGGCCGUAGAUCUGUAUCGAGGUUCUUUACGAAAUGAUGUGAAGAUAUUAAUCGUCACUACUUACAUGCGUUAGACUCACAAGUCGGCAUGUAAGUCAUGUAAGGUUCCACAGGAUGACGCUGAGUACAUUUGAGAGUUUAGCCUGCGUGCCAGGCAUCAGAUUUUGGGGCCCGAGGAGGAACGUGCUUCUCUGUCACCUCGCGCCUCCUCUCGCACCUAAAUUUCCCCUUUUCUCUUCCCUUGGAACGCCUGCCUUGUAGGUUAGCUUACAGCAAACCCUUUAACCCUUUUUAAUGUAAGAUAUUUGAAUUUAUAAUCACGUUUUAAGUAUUCUUCAACAUGUAUAUUCAGAUCGAUUUUUGGAAACGUCACCGCCAAAUAAAUCCCUUUCCGUCCAGCAGCUUUUCUUCGUUCAAGAACGAUCUCUAAAGUAGCCAAUUUAAAAACUAAGAGGGCAACUAUUUGUUUUUUCUCUUCUUCUCGUUGUUGCUAUUUUCCAUUCGUUUUCCUUCGUUAGUGCGAUUUUCGGUCUUACCUGCCUUUUGUCUCUUUACAUUCAAACGGCUACAAAUUUCGCUUGGUUUGUUUUCAAAUAUUCGGCUAGAUAUAUACAUGUCUACAAAAGAAAUAAAAAGGCUAAAAUAUGGAUUGAUGGUGGCAGGGGUAAUAUAAAGCCUUUUCUGGCAGACUCCUUGGUCGCUUGGUGACACCAUACCAACCAUGGUGACAUCAAGUACUCGGAAAGCAUCCUCCGGCAAAUUAUCUGUCUUAUGCGAUAAUGUUUCAUUUCGUGCGUUCUAAACGACUUACAAAUUUUCUUACGGGUUUUUCGGAUCAUUAGAUUCGAUUGCGAAUCAUUUCGCUCUGGAAUCAUCUAGCGCUCCGGCCGGUAGUUGAUUGUUGUUGCCGAUGAGCACCAUUAAUGACAGGAUUACAACGCCAUAAAAAUUACAAUGAUACAAAAAAAUUAGACAGUGAACACUACCCUCCGACCACAACACAAAGGAGAACCAACAAUGCAGUUUCGGCAUCAACAAGAAACUCCCAGGUCCCCUUAGCCCAUAUACAACAAGCUCCUGUAGAAUUAUGAAGACCACAUCAGACAAACUUCAUGAGGCUGCACUAACCAUGAUAAUUUUCCGGGUGCUUUUUGCAGACAUGGCUUUAAAAGUAAACUUAAUAACGUUGGGCCAACCUUUUCAAGUUUCAAUCCACGUCCAUCCGUUGCAACAGACAACAAGAAUCAGUUUCGAUGCAUAAAUAUACUGGUCUUAAAUAACCAAACUGGACCGUUGCUUUUGCCAUUCAACUGAUACGAAGACAUCUUUUGGCUUUUUUAAAUAAUGUGACGUAACCCCUUUAAAGAACUAAAGCCUCAUUUUUAUUCUGACUUUGUUUUACUUUACAUUAUUUUUUUUCUCGUUCCCAGAAACUUGAUUUUGGAGCAACUACAUGUAUGCAAACAUGAACUCUUUUGUCAUAAGAAUUGAGCUGAGGCAGAACCAAGAUCGGAACGUUCAUAUUUGAAAAGAGAUUUGGGCCUUAAGAGGUUGUUAGGUCUUGCAUAAUGAAAGAAAUUUUUCGUUGAAUUUGUAUGAUUGGCUCGUUAUUUUUCACACUGUUUUUAAGUAUUUAGUUCAUCGGCUUUCAGGAAAUGGGGCCCUUUUUUUUGUUGUUGUUAUGAUUAUUAUUAUUAUUCUUAAAGAUUGGUUUUCUUUAAAUAAAAACAUUAGAUUCAGUAGAACAUGUCCGGUAAGUCCAGCCAAACGUAUCACAAACUGCAUUAGCCUGAUGAUUUCUUUCAAGGGAGGAGGUAUAACUUUCUCUAUACUGUUCUUUUUUUACAUUUUUAAUCGUGGGGUAUAAUAAAUUCAGAGAAGAUCUUCACAGUUAAAUAAGUAACUUGCGCCGCUGUGGAAAAAAAAGCCUGUGAAUUUUCAGGCUUGCAGGGAUUCGAACCUUGAACUUUUGCUACACCAGUGAACAUAAUGCGCUCUAACCAAUAAAGCUAGCACCCAGGCCACAACUGAGAGCGGGGAAGCAGAUAUAGUAAAUUGUAGACCUUUCUGGAUCACUUUGCCAUGACUGCUAAAAUAUUUUAGCCACAGGUGAUAAUUUUGACAACCAGGUCCUACUUAGACAGCGGGCGGUCGUCCUUCUUUCCUUAGAACCACGCACGGCAAGCGAAGCUGCUCCUCGCAUCUCCUCGCAUCCUACAGUUACUCAAAAGAAACAUAAGAGCCCACUGGCAGUCUAGGUUCUGCCACAUGUGACCAAGAUCACGGUACCAGAAAGAAAUUCACUCUGUCGAGAUCAAUUAUUAAUAAGUUUUGUUUCCACGGUAUUUUUGAUUCUUUAGAAAUAUUUUACCUGUUUAAACAAAACUAUUUGAGUGAAAUAAUUAAUAUUGUAGUAAAAUACAAUGAGUCUUUUAGUUCUACAAGCUUUCAAAGACGGGGUAGGAAAAAAUUGUUUCCUCCAAGCGUUCCUGGUAAUAUGUCCAAAAUAUUUACAUUAUUAGCACUGGCGUUACAGCUUUCAAUUAUUGUCGUAUUCUACCGACUUUUCUUCGAAGAAACAACUUUUGUUGUUCGUAGAGCUACGAACAAUAAGCUUCCAAUCUUCCGAGAUGCUCGAAACCCCGAGGAUUUCAAAGCGUGGAGGACAGUUUAUGAAAACAUAAAUUUUAGCACAGAGAUUGUUUGGAAUGAAAUACCACGAAAACCCACCCCACCAGAUGAGGAAAUGAACGAAAAAUGGAUCGUUAUUACGACAAUAAACUCGCCAACAGAGGACGUGAAGAAGUUAGCUGCCAUUGACGGCUGGAAAGUUGUAGUCGUAGGCGAUACUAAAACCCCGGCAGACUGGAGGUAGGUAUUAUCAUAACCUGCGUGCCACGCGUUUCUUAGGCCCCACUGAUACCUUUUCGUUUGAAAGCGCAUACAUUUCGAUGCGUUUACCCCUUCUGUUUACACUAAUACAGGUUGUACGCUUAGCGUUUUCAUAGAAAAGGCAUCGACUUGAAAACCCUUUUGAAAGUGGACCAAAACAAAAACGGACACGUAUCGUUUUAUUGUGGACGGUCGAAAACGGUAGAAAAAGUAUCAAAUUUAAAACGAUGACGUCACAUGUAUCACGUGGGUUGUUCCCGGGCUUUGCGCUUGUGUUUGUAACAUGCGCAGCGAGUUCAACUUACGUCACAACGUGCAAUUCUAUCGUCUUCGAAUGUUUUAGGCCCUUAACACCCUAAUGUGUUGUCACAGCCGUAUUAAAUCUACUGAUAACAAUAAGAAGGAGCUCUAAUCAAAAACGAUUUCAGUUUGUUACUUUAGAAUCGAGAUUUUAUAGAAUAAAUACUGUGAAAGGUUUGAACCCAGGAGUCAUUUCAAAAGUAGGUCGAGUUUGAUCGUCCGGAUGAAUAGGACUGUUGUGUUGAUGUUGACAGUGACUGACGUUUCGACAACCUGUGCGGUAGUCAUCUUCAGAGUCAAAGUGAGUUGUGUCACGUCAGUUGAUGGUAUUAUACCCUGGUUAUUGGUCUGAUUGGUCAAUUACGUUGCGAUGUUAUUGGCUAUGAAGACUAGUAAUCAGUAAUUGGUGCGUUUCGAUCUAUCUGUCGUUACAGUUUACAGUCGUCUGUUGUUAGUCAAAUUGUCAGUUCUCCAGUCGUUCUCUCCCAGUUAGUUUUGCUUGAUCCCGUCAAGCGCCGCACAAACAACUUAAUUUUCUGUACCAUUUGUUGGAUUACUAGUGCGAUGCUUCAUUUCCAGAGAAAGCGAAAACUUUACCGGUAUUUUGUAAAUGGUACAACCAAGAGCCAUAAUAGGACAGAGAGGGACACUCAGGGCGUUGGCCGGGAUAUCUUAAUCCCAAAAAAGUUAUUUUUAGAACUAUGCGAACCACACGGAAACAGUUUCCGGUAAACUGAUUGACUUCCGGAAGACUCGCUUUCACGAUUCAGCGCGCCAAAGCGAGGCGGCGUCAACAAAUAAAAAAAAUGGCGGCACAGGUGGAGGGACGAUGUGGAGUUGAUAAAUUGGCCUUCUUCAACAAAGAACCUACCGUAGAAACUGCUUAAAACUUCAGCACAAAAGGGUCCUUUACAAGCAACGGUAGAAAUCGGUUAAAGCGACCGCGUGACCAUCGUUUUUGUUUGAACAGCUGGAAAGAGGACAAGUAGCAUUGCGGCCCGGAUAAGCGUUACCGUUCAAGUGACCAUGUGGACGUAUUUUCUAUUGAAAGAGGAAUGAAAAGAACGUAUAAAGGUUUCCAGUAUUUUUGUCAAGGACAUGACCGGGAAGGCGGGAAUCUUGUGGAACACUUCUUUUCCUGCUUGAUUGAUGUUUUGUUCGGCACUUCACAUUGGACAAUUAGCAAUUUUAUUCUUUAUUGAACACGAGGUUAAAUAGAAGUGGAAUAUUCGCGGCGAGGUUGAUAUUCGGUAAACAAUAGGUUUGAUCUUUACAGAAUUUUCAAACAUUGCAAAUCAAAUCGGAAGCAAUAGCCUAAUGGGUUACAUGGAAUCGCCAGAAGUUUAAAUUCAGCUGUAAUUGUACUUCCAAGCCUAAGGGGUGGACCGUUUGAUUUUUGAUGGGGGGGUUGCAGGAUUUUUAGACUGCUAGAUAUUUUUUUUAUUGCUCCAGCCCUGCAGGAUUUUUUUUUAAUCUCCCUGUCCUUGCAUGAUAUUUUUUUUAAUGGAAAUUUAAAACACAAAUUUUGAAGUUUAAUAACUUGACCAUCACCAGCCACUCAAAAUUCACCCUUUAGGCUAUUAAAAACCACCUUUACACACAAUGCAUUUUUAAGUUUACAUCUUUCUUUCAAAGUAAUAAAGAGUUUCAUCUUUAUUCAGUGUACAAAGAAAUGCAUCUCCACUAACCUGCGGCUAGUUGAUUUCCCUGUCAGGCUAGUGGAUGUCAUACAUGCCUUCUCAAACAAAACUUUAUAUUGGUCUGUUGCAUUUUUAUAGGAGCUGUGACUAUUGCAUAAAAUAUUUUACAAUAAGCAGUCUUUAGAAAAUAGCAUUCUCAAAUAGACCUAUCUUAUGGACUGUUGCAUUUUUAUUGUUACUGUUGCAUAAAAUAUUUAUAGAGAAAAAUUUCAAUUGUUAUUUAUUGAUCAAAUGAUUUUUAUUACAAAUCACAAUGAGCAGUAUUUUAAAUAUUUAUAGAGAGAAUUUCUUCUCUCCAAAAGCUGCGAUUAUUUUGGUCAGCACCGAGUAUCGAGACCUGGCUGCUCUGCAAAGCCACUACCAGAAGUCCACAUUUAAUGCACUAGCUCUUCAAAUCUGACAAAUCUGAUUGCCUGAAAACUGCAGAAUGAGUGCUCUGCACAUGCUCAAAAAUUGGGACCAGCCAGGGGUAUCAAUUCCAGGUGCUGACCAAAAGGAUUGCACCCUCUGGAGAUGAGAAUGUUGCAAAUAGCUAUUAAAGCUUUGCACCUUACAUUUAAAUUUGGCUAGAUAUGCAGAUGCAGUGCCUAAAUAAUUAAAACAAUUACGUUUUAAUUUAUGUGCUACAGACUGUUUACUAUUAUUUUCUUGGCUUGAAAAUAGGCAAUGAACACAAAAGUAAUAGAACUCUGCAAAAACACAAAUGACCCAGAGGGAAAAAAUGCUCUUCGAUCUAUUUGAUCGUCUUUUGUCUCGUACACAUAUCCAGCGUAUCCGUUUCACAUUCUUUGUAUAUUUUGAACCCUGCACCAAUUCAAUGUGGCCUGCCUUUACUCUUGUUUGUACCAUUUCCUUUUCUAUAAAGUAAAUCUUAUUUUGUUACAAAAAUACCUGCACGUGACAACUGUUAGGGUGGGAAUCUGAAUGCAUGAAUAUCUUUGAAUCAUAAUAUCCGUCUAGAUUGGAGGGUUCACUUUAAUAGGAAAUCUAAUUGGUAAAUCAUGCGUCGCGCUUGCAAAAUACUAAUUCACGCAUCAAAAAAUGUGAUGCCCAGUCCUGUAUGAUGUGACUCACAGCUACUUUUGGGGCUGUCACGCAUCACGCAAAAUCCUUUGCCACGACCAGGUUAAGGCUGCUGGAUUUUUUUUUCGUUCUUAAGAAUUCUGCAAAAAAAUUUUUUUUUAACGAGAAACAUAUGCUCAAUAUUUUUGGGGGGAUUUGCACAACCCCCCACAUCAAAAAUCAAAUGGUCCACCCCUAAGAAGGAAAGUAGCGCUUUGUUUUCACCUGUCGACUCUCCAAGUUUGGGAAAAAGGUAUUUUGUGCAGCUAAUUUGUGUUGUUCUUCGUUAGUGCAGACAAUGGUGGCCCGGUUGCUCGAGGUAAGGAGCCGUUUCUCUGUAGUUUUUUCUGUC